AUGAAAGCCCACUACACCAUGGUGGAACCCCUGAAAGAGCUGACAGAUGAUCAAAACCUUGCCAAGUAUAAGGCAUAUAACUGGGGGAAAUUUUUUGCAACUCAAAGAUGCAGUAAUUUUCAGAAGCUUGAUGUUGAAAAUAUUCAAAUCUCUCAUUUCAGGCUCUCACAGAAAUCUGGUUAA